AUGUCCCGCUCGCAGUACGGUCGCCAUUCUACCAGCGACCUCGCCUACGGAGAAGAACCUCAAGCCCAACGAUGGGACCGCGACCGCUUCGAACGCUACUCACGUAGACCCCCUGCCCCCGUUGAAGAACGCGAGACUUUCCGCUUCAGCGAACAUGACCGUCCGGGUCGCCAAGAUAUCCGCAUAGAGGAGAGAAUCGACAGAGGCCCGCCUCCACGACGUGAAAGAGACGCCUUUGCCGAAGACCAGUAUGGCCCCCCUGCCAGACCCCGUCGCUCAGACCGUGAGCUCUUUGGUGACAGAGACCCUCGCGAACUUGCCGACCUCCAGCUCGCUCCCUACAGAAGAAAGUCAAUUGUCGAUCGCGAAUUCGAGUUCCGCGAGACCAGAAAUGUCCCCAGACCAGGUCUGCAGAGGAGGCAGAGCAGUCUUGACACCUUUGACCGCCGACCACUACGUCGACACGAGCAAGACGAAUACCGCAUUCCUCCUGGUGUCCCGAUUCCUCUGCCGCGACGUCGCUCACCCUCACGUGGACCUCCUGGCCGCUGGGUUGAAGAAGAGUACGAGGAUGUGAGAUACAGAGACUACUCUCCUCAGGACUCAUACCGUGAUGUCGAGAUUAUGCGCGAAAAGAGUGUCCACCGCAGGCGUGGAAAUCGUGAUAGGGCAAGGAGCGAUGCUCGUAGCUCGACAACAAAGCGUAGUGGGCGAACCAAUCGCAGUUCCAGUAGCAGCAGUAGCGAGAGCAGUUUUACCGAAGUCAGUCGUCGCAGCAGUCCUAGUCCGCCAAAGAUCGGCAAGAAGGGAAAGACUCGCAUGCCAAAGAGGCUGGUACGCAAAGAGGCCAUCAUCAACCUGGGCUAUCCUUUCGAGGAGGAGAGAGCUCUUGACAAAGACCAUAUCGACGAAGUGAUUCGCAUCAGCGAACAAUACAAGGAGCCGAAAACCAAGACGUACCGUUACGACGAUCCACCAGCUGAUGAGCACUUUGAGCAUCUCAAGACCGAGUGGAUCAACCCUCCCAGCGUUCGCGCUCCCUCUCCAGCCCGCUCCUCACGUACUCGCCGCAGCUCUCCAGCUCGUACAGUCCGUCAGCCAUCACCCGCUCCUCCUCCACCUCAACCACAAACCAUCUACAUUCGUGAUNCCUCCCCAGCUCCUCCUCCGGCUCCAAUCUACAUCAGAGAGCAAGCGCCUCCUCCACCCCCUGCUCCUAUCUACAUCCAGGAGCCCGCUCGACCUGCCCCACCUCAACAACAACCCAUGACCAUCGUGCUUCCCGAACGCCACCGCGAACACAGUCGUGAUGUUCACGCCGAAGUCCGCGCACUGGAAGCCGAAGCCCGCGCCCUCCGUCUCGAACGUGAAGCCCAACAACACCACCACCACGGCCAGAUCAUUCUAUCCCAACCACAACAAAGCGGCUACGAGAUGGUCGAGUACAGAGAACGCCGCCCAGACCGAGAAAUCGUCGAAUACGUGGAGCGAGACAAGAGUCCCAAGAGAGAGGUCAUUCGUGUGGAAAAGGAUCGGANNAAGGUAGGAUGGCGCUUGUCAGGUCUGCGCGGUGAUCGGUCGGCAGAUAAGGAGAGACGACAGGCUAGGAAGAUUGCUAUGAUGAUGGCAACGCUUUCAUGA